AUGGAUUCAUCUAAUUCACCCCAAGAUAUUACAAGUGUUCAACAACACCCGAUUGAACGAGAGCCUAUUGCCAAUGUUGGCUCAACCGAGAACGCAGGCCAGGGCCUGCGGGGCCUCGAGGAUGUUGAGAUAGAGGAAGCUGAGCUGCACCAAGAGAUAUUAGCUCCUACACAGUCUGUGGAAGACACAGUAUCCACGGGUUUUGAGUUUGACCUUCCCACCGACAUCCUCACUGAUCUGGAUAUGGACGCAUAUUCCGAUUUCAGCGAGAUUCCUCAACCAAUCAGUAUGGAUGACGAAAGAUUUGAAAGUACCGAUAUAAUUGUCUCCUUGGGACAACCCUUCAACUACUAUCUCGGAUGGAUAGUGCUGAUUAUCAGUAUUAAUAACAUCCCAGAGCUGAAUUGUAAAAGCCGCUACUAUAACAAUGUACAAACAAGCCCAUUCCACUACACUAUACAUGUCCAUCCCACUGAGUCUGGCAGCCGAGAACUUGCAGCUCACUCACAAAGGCAUUCCAUCAUCGUGGCGUUGCGCUGGAAAAAGCUUUCUGCCGAGACGAUUAAACUCGAGGUUCAAGCUGAGCAGGUUAUUGGGUGUAGGGUUAUCACUGACACGCAGAUGUUUUACGUUCGGAAAAUGACCGAAAAAGUCAACAAAGAAGUCAAGCGUCUGAGUGUCAUUUUGCCAUAA